CGGUGGGCGGGGCUAGCGGGGCCAUCCACCACGUCGUCCAGCAGCUGGUCCAUGAUGGUCACUCGGGCCUUGUUGCCCUAAACAAGUCGUCUUCUCUUUGCGGAUAACUUCCCCAUUUUCCUCUUGAUUCACGACAUACUUACCCCCGUCUUAAACAUAUAAGGAAUCCAGUAUUGCCUUUCAGAUGGCUGUGGUAAAGAGUGGUUGGCUUCACAGACAAAGUACUAUCCUGCGCCGCUGGAAAAGAAACUGGUUUGACCUGUGGGCGGAUGGACGGCUGGUGUUCUACAACGAUCAACAACGGCGUGACAUGGAGGAUGACAUCCACAUGAGAGUCAACUGCAUUAACAUCCGCAGCUCUGCGGCAUGUCAGGACCUGAACCCACCGGAGGGAAAAACACGUGAUGCCCUGCUCCAGAUUGUGUGUAGAGAUGGGCGGGUGAUCAGCCUGUGUGCAGACAGUGCAGACGAUGCGCUAGCAUGGACCAUGGCACUGCAGGACGCCAGAAUUAAUAUGGUGGCUGCUGCCCCUGAGAUUGGUUAUGCGCAGGAAGUCAUGGCAUCUGCUCCUCCACCCUACUCAGAAUACGCUCAGCCACAGGUUUAUGCUCCAGGUCCAUAUGGAGACUACACUGCAACUCCCUCACAUGCUACACAGGUUGUGUACUCUGCUGAUGGGCAGCCCUAUGCUGUUGCGUAUCCUUAUCAGUACCAGGGUGGAUAUGCUGCUCCUGGAGUGAACCAUGUGAUUAUUCGGGAGCGGCAGCAUGAUGAUGGAGGAGAUGUGGCUCUGGGCAUGCUCGCUGGAGCUGCAACUGGUUUGGCACUUGGCUCGCUCUUCUCCGUCUUCUAAUGUUGUGACUAACAUGUAUUUGUCAGGUCCCAUUUCCUCUGUAUUUACAGCUUGAUGGUCUCUUAUCUGUGUUAUCACAAGACUUCAAAUGAAAUGUGUCUUGAGUUACAUCUGUUGAGCACCCUUGUGAUAUGCAGUAAAUUACUCUAAAUACUAUUAGCACUUUCUCAUUUGCUGUGUCCCAACCCUUUUGUGUUGUCUUAAUGUGUAUAUUCUUAACCAAAAAUGACUUAAGAGUUCUUAAAUGUUACUGCAAACACAUCUCCAUUCAUGUAUAUUUGAGGUCCUCUCUGUCAGGUUUGUUUCAGUUUCAUGAAGCAAAGUUGGUUCUUGUUUUUUGCUAAAUUAUCCUUUGGACAAUACUCUUUGCCUUUUUUUGUGUGUGUUCAUUUUUUUGUACUGUACUUUUUGUUUACUUUUUCAUUUCGUUGUGCAUUUUGUCUCUUAGGCAAGUUAUUUUUGAGAGAGGAUGCCUGUGAUAUGUUUUGUACAGAUAAUUGCACACACAAAGCAAUAAUCUUUUAAAAUGUAGCAUUUUGAUGGAUUUAUUUGGAGGAAUCUGUUUUUGGUGAUGUUGCCUUUCCAAAAAAUUGGGGAAACACUUGUGUUUAUCUGAAGUAGAGACUCUUGAAUUUUAAGUUUGCAUGCAUUUUUCCCCUUUUCCCCACCAAUUGGCAGCUGUUGAAUUUGACUUUUCUUUUUAAAGUGUGCUUGUUUUGAACUAUGUUGGUCUUUAGUUUCAGGCUUAAUAGACAAACACCAUAAGUUGAUCAGUCGCAUGAGACUUAAUAACAUUUUAUUCAGCCUGGAGUUUUAUUUAUUUUUUUAUUUCCAAAGGACUUGAUUGUUUUUGUUAUUCAGAAUUGCUACUUCAGCUUCAUGGGAAAUAUUUUUAAGAGUGGCUUGAAAAUAAUGUCCCCAAUUUAAGAAAUUCAAACCAAAUUUUGUUUGACACAAACCUUAAUGCAAUUUUUCUAUUGGUCUUAAAUUUGAGAUGUAAAAGUAAUGAAGAUUGUAUUUUUGCUUCUUAAAUAUAUUAAUUUAUGAAUCACCCUGAAUUAAAUUUAAAUGUUACUUAAAAUGUAUUUUAACAAAUAAAUGUAUUCACAACUUC